ACUGACACCGCUUUGAAGUUUAAAGCAUUAGGCGAUAUCUUUGGUUUUCGUUAAACUCUGCUUCUUGAUCUUUAUCUUUUACUUUCACAAAACUGAUCGUUUCAAUGGGGAAGAAAUCUAAACUGCAGAAACUCAAUGUUGCUACUGAAAUGAAUCUGGAUCCUACACCGGAGAUGAUACCGAUAAAUGGUUCAGACCAUCGUAUUGUAUCAAAGAAGGUAUCAAACCACAAAAGCAGUGUUAGGCGAUCUGGAAGGCUUCAAAGUGUAGUAAAGCCUGUUCAGAUUCAGAAUCAAGUGGUUGAACAAAUAGAUCUUUUAGAGAGCGAAAAAGAAGAGGAUCUUCAUGUUCAAAAUGCAAUUGAAAACCAUGUGGAAGAAGAAGAAAAAGAAGAGCCAUGUAAUGAAGACUCGGGUGAUCAGAAGAUAAGAGAUGAACAGGUUCAUCAUCUUGUAAAAACAAUUGAAGAAUAUAAAUCCAAGGGAGGACAGGGGCCUGUUUCAAGUGAAAGCACCUCGGUUGGCUUAAUCUACAAGAGUUUAUACCUCGAUUCCCAAAAGAAGAUUGAAGCUCUAACUUUGGAGAAUCAUGACCUUGCAAGAAAGUUGGAAAUCGUUCUAGCGAAACUUGAAGUGUAUGAGAACAUCAACAGGUCUACACAAGCGGUUAUUGUAUCGAAUCUUGAAAAGGCGAUUGAAGCAUUGGUUAGGCCUGCAUCGUAUUUUUCUUCUAGUGGUGGUGAUGCUGAGGCGGGUGGUGGUGGUGGUGGUGCGGUGGCUAAAGAGGAGUCAGCCAAGAAACGGAGACAUGAUCAUGUCAUCUGAUGACAUGGCAUGGAUUGGUUUCUAAUCUUUUGGUAGGUC